UUCGCCACUGCCGCUAAUACCAUCAAAUCCUAGGGUUUAAUUUCAUUCAAUCCCCCAAAUAUACACAUUCACCAUUAAAUCGCCCAUUUCUGCAGAUGGAGGCAGUCAAGGCUACCGCCGCUUGGGUCGCCUCCCGCUCAUCCCACGUCACCCUCGACUCCUCAGGAAUCGAGAAUUUUGCGGAAAGAAUAAAGGAUUCGAUACCAAAGGUGGAGUGGAAUUUUGAAGGAACUCAUUAUUUCGACAAUGGUCCUCUCACUGUUCAGUAUCUGCUUGUGUUGGAUGCACUCAAUUUCUGCUUUUGGCCUGAUGAUGAAUUGAAUUAUGACCAUUUGGCUGUGGGACUUAAGGAAGCUCUUCAGAAUGAUAGCUCUGCUUUCGAUGCAGACCGAUUGCAGAAAUACACCGGUCUUGAGCUGCGCAAAAUGCUAAAAUGGCCUAGGCCACUACCUUUGGAGGAUGAAAGAGUGCGCUUAUUGCAUGAGGUGGGCUUUGAGCUCGAAAAGUCGUUUGAUGGGAAAGCAGAAAACCUUGUGAAAGCUUGUGAUAAAUCAGCUGUAAAGCUUGUGGAGCUCAUCACAAGCCACUUUCCUGGUUUCAGGGAUCACUCGGUGUACAAAGGUCACCAGAUUUUCUUGUAUAAGAGGGCUCAGAUAUUUGUUGCCGAUUUAUGGGGCGCAUUUAAGGGUCAAGGAUAUGGUGAACUCAAGGAUAUAGAGUCUGUGACGAUGUUUGCUGAUUAUAUCGUGCCUGCAGUUCUCCAGCAGCUUGGAGUCCUAAGAUAUAGUCCUUCGUUGUCUGAUAUUAUCGAGUCCAAUAGAGAGAUAACUUCAGGAACCGAGGAGGAGAUCGAACUUAGAGCAUGCACAAUCCAUGCCGUAGAGGAAAUAAAGGAGUCGAUCCAGAAAAAAACUGGGAACCAGGUGCUGAGUGCGGAGUUGGACCUAUGGCUAUGGGCAUACGGCAUUGCCUGUCCUUCUCUUCAACAUCAUCGAACACUCUCCAUUUACUAUUGAGGUUUGAAGGGAAGAGUUUGCUGGAGUUUUAGAGUAGCUUCUUAAUUAGAGGUUACUGUUAUAGUACUUAAAUUUUGCUGCAUAGUUUCUAUUAUUGUCACUGUACUAUAAAGAUGAAAGUGGAAUAAUGUUAAAUGGUUUUGCAUAUUAA